AUGGCUUUAUUUCGGCCCAGGCUGAUCAAAGUGUCGUUGUUGACUAAUGCGUGUUUGAUUGCCUAUUUUUGCCUCGAGAAAUUUUCUGUUCAUGAAUCUUGCAGUCAGAUUUUUACUCUGUCUCUAUCCCAUCACCACUGGGAUGAAGCAAAUUCAGAUAUCCAACUGUCCCGGAACACUGCACCCUAUGAUCUUGAAAGAAAUGAAUUCUCACUGCAGGUUCCACGCCCCAGUGACGAUACAACUGUUAACUCUAACAAGUUGCAGGUCAAACAGGAGGUAACCGAACAUCUGCAUGCGUCCGGCAUCUCAAAUGGUGCCCCUGAUCCUCCCCCGCUUUCCCUCGAGAAGAAAAUGUUUCCUGAUUUUCGCGGGUGUGCCUCUCGUCCGUCAUUGCCAAUCCAAAGCCAACACGGCGAGUACUGGAUCCUCGAGAAUUACAUUCCUGCUGAUCUGUCCUUCCGAUGCGACGAAUCUAUAACAUACACCACGCACGGGGAAUACGCCCAUCUCGACAACAUUGAAACCAUCACCUCCAGGUGGCAGGGUCCAGUGAGCAUUGGUCUAUAUGCUCCUGGAGGCGACUUCAACAUAGCCACAUCAAUCAUCAUGUACCUCAGAGACUGCAGGACAGAGAGCAUCAGGAAAUACGUGGCUUUCCACCUUAUCUAUCACACAGAUUAUAUCCCUGAGAAGAUACCGACGACGGAGGAGUUAAUGGGCCGAAAGAUGAAUUGUAGUGCGGACCCGCCCAAUUGGAUGAACGUCACCUCGUAUCGACGGCAGAAGGGACUUGUAUACCCCAUCAAUGUUGCAAGGAACGUUGCCCGCAGUAUGGCAACCACAUACUUCGUCUUCCCUUCAGACAUCGAGCUAUACCCUUCCGUGAAUUUUAUUCCAGAAUUUCUCGAAAUGCUAAAGAAACCUGACGUGUCGAACACGACUCAGCCACGGGUGUAUGUGUUCCCCAUCUUCGAGGUGGAAGAAAACUCGCUUCCUCCCAAGACCAAAGAGGAACUCAUCAAGAUGCUUGACAGCAAACACGCAAUCCCAUUCCACGAGCGAAUCUGUAAACCCUGUCACAAUAUCCCCCAUUCCGAGGAGUGGCGGGUGGACACAGUGAAGCCAGGGCUGUCGGUAUUUAAAGUGAGCAGGCGUGAAGGUUCGUUUAAGAGUUGGGAGCCCUUUUACGUAGGGACACACGGUGAACCUCUGUUUGACGAACGCCUCUCGUGGGAGGGAAAGAGCGACAAGCACAUUCAG